AUGAAAAGCCUAUUUGUUGUCCUUGUAAUCUUGGUUAUAACUUCACCUAGCUUGUGUGCUAGAGUAAGCCUUGUUGAUGUAUCUGCUAUCUCCAAUGUUGUUACCUAUGGCGCCAAGGGGGAUGGCCAAACUGAUGACUCACAAGCUUUUCUGAAAGCAUGGCAAGAAGUGUGUGGUGCAAAUCAGGGAGCCGCAACACUUCUCAUACCGAAAGCACAAACAUUCCUGUUGCAACCUGUGUCGUUCCAAGGUCCUUGCAAACCUGCAACCAUUAAUAUAGAGCUUCAGGGAACUAUCACUGCCCCAAAAGGAGUUAAUGCUUGGCGAUGGUCAGAUAUUAAGGAUAGGAAAACAUGGGUUCAAUUCUUGGGCAUAAGUGGCCUUGUAAUUAACGGAGGAGGAAAAGUUGAUGGCCAAGGUGCUGCAUGGUGGAGCAUAAGUCGUCGCGCCUCUGAUAGACCCACUGCUAUUCGAUUCCUUAACUGUCAAAAUCUAAGACUUAGCUCGUUGACGCACAUCAACAGCCCCAGAAAUCAUAUAAGCAUAAACACAUGCAAUGGCGUAAGCAUCUCCGAUAUUAAUAUUGUUGCACCAAAUGAUAGUCCAAACACCGAUGGGAUAGAUAUUGCAACAUCAUCUAACGUCUUAAUACAGAAUUCCAACAUUGCAACUGGUGACGACUGCAUUGCCAUUAUCACCGGUUCCACCUUCGUCAACAUAACUGGCAUUUUCUGUGGACCUGGCCACGGCAUCAGUGUUGGUAGCCUCGGACAAGGUGGAACUAAUGCUAAAGUAGAAGAGGUACAUGUGCGGAAUUGCACCUUCACUGGAACUACCAAUGGAGCCAGAAUCAAGACAUGGGUGGGAGGAUCGGGUUUUGCUAGGAAGAUCACAUUUGAAGAUAUUAUGCUUGUUGGAACCAAGAACCCAGUGAUUAUUGACCAACGCUAUUCUGACAUUCCUGAAAACAAUGGAGCAGUGCAAAUAAGUGACGUUACUUACAGCGACGUGAGAGGAACUACUAUUACUCCCAAUGCAGUUCAACUCAACUGUGACUCUAGCAUUCCAUGUACCAACAUUGUAUUCGAUCGUAUUAACAUAACCUCCGCAAAUGGACAGAAAACAUUUGGUACGUGCACUAAUGAACGAGCCACAUGCACUUCCUCGUGUAAUCCAAUUGUCUCAUGUCGUUAA